GCCGGAACGGCAGCAGCUUUUGUCACCGUCAUGAUAAUCCCUUGCAAACUCUUCGCGUGGAUUUCGCAUUACUGACUAUCUGUAAACUCUACACUGCACGUGAACACGGAUGGAGGAAGAGGAAGCUGAACUCCGUAGUCCCUUUCCCUCGCCGCCAUCUCACUACAACAACUAUACAUCACAUAACCUGAAACUCCUUGCUUUGCUCAAGGAAAGAGUAGGGGAUAAAAAUGUUGAUAUUAUGACAGUAAACCAGCAUGAAUUACUCUCAGAUCAAACCGAUGUACCUUCAUGGUCGCUGGCAGAGCUCGAGAAACCACGAGUAGACUGGAUCCUUGAAGAAGGCCAAUACAACGUCUUCGGCGAUACGUGGUUUGUGAAAGAGACCAUCCCAUCUCUAGCUGAACUUGGGGGACAUCAGCUCUACCCUCCUGACCCGAGUGUAGAUCGACGGCCCGCGCUUCUUGCUGUCUUGAGGUCCAUGCUGGUCACGUACUCCAAUUUGACAGAUGCAAUUCUUGCACCGCCGCCACCCCCUUCAUCUUCCGUACCACCAGAAUGGCAACGCCAGCUUGAGUGGAUCACAAUACUUGCCCAGAAUCUUAUGGCAGCUGCAAAUGAUCUACGGCCCGUCCAGGCUAGAGGAAAUCUUGAACUUAUGAUGCAACGACAACUGGAACUAAGGCGCGAGGAAACGAAGAACAUUCACUCGCAAUGUGAUGCUCUCGAGGCUCGUCUGUUGGAGCUACGUUCUACGGCUCAGGAAAUGGCGGGAUCAGAAGCCCAGAAGCCGGUGGUGAAAGCCAGCGACUCUCAGACACCUGCUAUCAGCGUAUCACUUGAAGACAUGUUACGUUGGGCAGAAGAGGUCCCAUGAAAAUCGCGGGUUCUCUUUCUGGCGCGGUCGUGACACAUGCUUACAUUGGGCGUUACUGUUCAAUGUAUGUUGUGUGUAUGGCCUACUACAUUGCAUGGUAGGACUGGUGAACUUGCUGACGCGUGUUGGAGUAGCGAGCGAGUCGGGCAGUGCUCGUAUUCUGACUUUCAUUACUUUGUCUCUUGUUCACCAUUACAAGUCGUGAUACA